CUCGAGACCGACUUGCUCGAGUUGCAUAGACCGUCUGUGCAGGUGGAGCGAAGGGCAGAGGGCGAGACGGUGCGAACAGACGCUCUCCCUCCAACCGCUCCCCUGUCCGCCAUGGCCUCGCUCGAGGACUUCGACCGCCAAGUCAAGGGCCUGACGACCAAGGGCAAGCUCUCGUCGUCGCUCCUCCAAGGUGUCGUCGACGCGGCCAUCCACAACAUCCAGAACGACUCGCGCAUCAUCUCGAUCCUGUACAAGCACCACAAAAAAGCCUCGGCCGCCAACAAGCUCACGUCGCUGUACCUCGUCGACGGCAUCGCGCGAGAAGCCCGCUCUCGGCAAAAGAAGAUCGACCGCGAGGCCAAGGGCAAGGCGCGCGAGGGCCCAGCGCAAUCGCCGACGACCGCGGCCGCCGGGUCCACCACCCCCACCCUCAGCCCGCCAGCCGCAGCCUCGCCCGCUCCAGCAGCCGCAAGCGCCGGCAGCGGCACCUACGCCAGCUUUCUCAAGAUCCUCGAAGCCGGCAUGCUCGCCAAGUUUGUCCUCGACAACUGGGAGAACGGCCUUCCCGAGCACCGGGAAAAGGUCCGCAAGGUCCUCGACAUCUGGACCAAGGCGGCGACGUUCAGCCCGUCCGCCAUGGCGCGCGUCAGCCAGAAGCUCCUCGCCGCCGGCUCGUCCUCGACCUCGACCUCGACAAAGACGGCUCGCGUCGCUUCUCCUGCUCGACCUUCUCUCAGCCCAGACCUCUCGCCGCCGCCCGAGGCCAAGCCGGCCGCGUCGACCGCGAGCGUGACCGGCGGCAGCACCAUCCCGGCCAACGUGCUCGCGCUCCUGCAGGCGUCGACCGAGGCGCCGCUGAGCCAGGCCGCCAUCGAGCAGAAGCGGCAGGAGGAGAUGCAGGCCGAGGUCGAGCGUGUCCUGAGGGAGGCGCAGAUGGGUGGCAAGAGCGUGUCGAGCACGGCGUACGGAUCGGGCCCACCACCUCGAUCGUCCUACCCUGCAUCGACCUCGUACGCCGCAUCGUCCUACCCCGGCCCUGCGCCGACCUACAGCACCGCCCCGCUCGCGUCCAACCCUUCCUCCUCGACCGUCCCACACCUCGCCCUCGACGCGUCUCAGCUCGCCGCCCUGCAGCAGAUCGCCGGCGGGCUCAACGGGCAGGCCGCACCGCCGCCGCCGCCGCAGCACGUCGCGCCGUCGAACGGCGCAGGGUUCGGCCAGCGGCCCGGGCACGGUCCGCCGCCGCCGCCGCAGCAGCAGCAGCAGUACCAGGCGCGGCAGCCGGCGUCGUACGACAGCCCGCGAGGGUACACGCGCUCGUACGACGAGGCCCAGCACGGCUACAGCAACCAGCACGACGGCCCGCCGGCCAAGCGACCCUUUCAGCCCGCGCCGCCCCAGCAGCAACAGCAGCAGCAGCACGCCGCUCGACCGCCCCCUCCUCCGCAGCAGCACUCGCCCUCGCACCCGUCGACGUCGCCCUACGCCUCGCCCGCUGCUCCUGUCCCUGUCGCCGCUCCCUCCCGUGCCGCACCGACCCCCUCGCCCGCGCCGACCUCGAGCGCCGCGCCGUCGUCCUCGUUCGACCCGAGCACGUUCGACGCGACCUCGGCGCACUCGUGGUCGACGUUCGUGUACGCGCUGCGGUCGGCGCACCCGUUCUUUGUCGGCCGGCCGACGCCGCCGACGAUGGAGGAGAUCAUGUCGCUGUGCGCGCCGAGCGCCAUGAUGGCGUUCGGGGCGGGAGGCGGUGGGACGGCGGAAGGGCAGCAGGGAGGGACGGGCAUGGGCGGGUACGAGGGCGCGGGAGAGAGGGACGGUGAGGCGGGGCAGGGUGAGGGUCCGGGCGGGUUUGCGGGAGCCGACGGCGGGUUCGCCGGGGCCGAAGGAGGGUACUGA